GGUGCAUUGGCUGAUGGUUACUCGGGACGCGUGCCAAAAAUAUGCAUGUCCCUCAAGAAACAAAGUGCCUCGGCCCAAGAGAUGAUCUCAGAACAUCUUCCAUGACUAUACUUUGUUUGAUAUCUGAUCAUGUUCAAGUGAACACGGGUUCAUACAAUUGGAUAAAAUGGUGGCUCGUUCCUGGUUGUCAGUCCCAAUCCGGAGAUCCGGGCCACUAACGAAUCCUUGCAAUGCAGGGUUCUUAGCAGGGUCCAGGGGUCGGAUUUCGGCAUGCCCGCCGAUCUGACAGAUGCUACAACACUCCUAGACUCCCAAGUACCGUACCGCAUAGCAAUGGCCCUCCAUGAGCCCAGAGGCUUGGCGAUGUUUUUUGGGUUUCACUCGUGAGGCGCUGGAGUUCUGGAAGCUCUCUUGAUGAGGCUACUAGUAGCGUCCCUCACCAUAAGCGUUACCCGGCUCUAAUUAGCUUCCAAAAUUCCUAUGACUGGCGGGAUAUCCGUACAGGAUGUCAGGGCCUCGCCUCUUAGAGAGACCUAUUAAGCCCUGUUGAAUGACCGUUUUUUCUGUUCCGGGUUUCUGCAUUUCUUCCCAUCGUUCCUGGAUGGAAUUCGCUCCUUGACUGUGUUGACCACGCUCCCUAUUUCACAUUUCACUCAUUUAUCUGAAACAGAUUCACUGAACUUUUUUUUAUCUUAACUUCUGCACCAGAGACUACAAGGCUGCUAACCACAGUCAACGCUUUCUUGGAGUUGUAGACCAGAUAGUGUAUAGGCUAUUUCCCUAUCAUUACAAGCUCGCCUUCUCAGUUUUCAUCACAUUCGUUUUCCAAUAAACCAAUACACAAUGCUUCUGUCUAGAGUAUUUGCUGGCAUUGCCAGUCUAGUAUCACUGGCAGUUGCUGGUGAUGCCACUCAAGCUCUGCCCAUGGACCUGGGCAGUGUUUUGUCAAGGCACCCCAAGCUUUCAACGUACUACAAAUUGAUCCAGAAAUUUCCCGAUGUCCUGUUGCAACUGCCCAGUUAUGAGGGUGUCACGAUUGUUGCUCCUUCCAAUGAUGCUUUCAACCAAAUCCCUUAUUCUCCUCUCUCCAAUAUUUGGGACCCGAACGAUGCCAAGGUCACUGUUCCGCUUCUUCAGUACCACAUUCUGCAGGGGACUAUAAGCACAAUGAAGCUGAAGGAGGGACCUGCAUAUGUCAAGCCUACACUUCUUCUCAAUCCUAAAUGGAGCAAUGUCACUGCUGGUCAGAACAUCCUUAUCAACAAACAACCUGACGAUGUCAUCUUCAGUACCCGGCUGGGCAAUCGAGCUACAGUCAUCAACUACGAUAUCAAGUUUCAAGGUGGACUCAUCCAGAUUGUUGACAGUCUGUUGAUUCCGCCUUCUGGUAUUCGUCAGGUCCUCAUGGCAAGUAAGGUUGACUCGUUUCUUGGUGGACUCUUCAGAGCUGGCCUCAUGCCUGAUCUUGCUGAUCGCCAGGACAUCACUGUCUUUGCUCCAAGAGAUCAGGCCAUGGAGAUGGUUGGCAGUGCACUCAGCGGCAUGUCAGCCAAGGAGCUAGCAGGUGUCAUGGGAUACCACAUUGUACCUGGCAAGGUUCUUGUCUCGACUGACCUUGACAAUGCCACAUCUCUUACCACAUUGACUGGUGAGGAGGUCCACGUCCGCCAAAUUGGCAAUGAGAAGUUCGUCAACUCGGCCAAGAUCAUCACAACUGACCUUCUCAUUUCCAAUGGUAUCCUUCACAUCAUCUCCAAUGUCAAUAACCCAAAGGAGGCCGAUGCGGUUCCUAAUCCUAGUCUCUGGCUUCAAAAUCCUGUGUUCAAGUCUGCUGGCGUUGACGAUGUUUUCGACUCGGAUAUCCCUUGUACCGCGAGUUGUCCAGUGACAAAUACGCCAACACCUACACCGGCAGAUGAGGCUGAGAACAACGCUGUGGCAACACCGUGGUUCACCACAAGGUCAAGCAGGGGAGUGGCUGCUCCUCGGGCCACAGCACAUGUUGCCCGCGCUGCACUGGGUAUCAUGGGUAUAGGUGCGGGGAUGGCGCUCUUGUAAUAAGAGUUGGUGUUCUCCUGGUCUCUUUGUUUUGUGUUCGCUUUCUUGAGCUUUGGUGUUUUGGGUCGGUUGGCUUUGCAGUAGUUUAGAUCUCUCUAUCUUUCGAUCAAUACCCCGACAGUCGUUAACGGAAGCAAACAUCCUGCCUUUUGCCAGUGUGUUCCCUGAGGUUCCACAAAUCUUGCUUUUAGUCAAGCAGUGUUUGAUCAACGUGGAUCGAACUUCUUGGCGCAACAGUCAUGGCACUCGUCGUCCGGACUUCUCAUUAACUCCGCGUCAGUCAAGUCUUCCGACGACAUGGAUCAUUAGUCUUGUACUGUAGUUCGGAUGGGGUUUUAACUUGAACGGAUAUCAUUAUCCUUUAGGAGUGUAAAGUGAUUGGUGAAGUUUUUUUUAGUAUACUGUCGAUACAUAGAGAGAUCUAGAUCCGUUCAAGUCCGCGGUUGUUAUGCAUGCAAUUAUGAUUGCCACACAGAUAAUCCUUGUCAUCCAGUCAGUAGCUAGGUAGUAAGUGGCACCACGACUUGCCAUAUUCAGUAUACAAGAUGCAAGUUUUUGGUUCAAUGAAACA